AUGCAAGACUCCCCCACCCCCUCCCCCAAAGACAAAUGGACCACGAAAUUCGUCCAGCGUGCAGAACGCUCGCACCGUCGACUCCCCGGCCUGCGCAAGAUCCCGCUCCCCGCGCUGGCGAUCAUUGUGUUCGUGGCGCUCGUGAAUGUGCUCGUGUGGAUUGCUGCGGCGAUUGUGUUGCGGUAUUACCCAUCGUUGGUCUCGAAUGCGGUGCUGGCGUAUACGCUGGGGCUGAGGCAUGCGUUUGAUGCGGAUCAUAUUUCGGCGAUUGAUCUGAUGACCCGGAGAUUACUGGCAACCGGCCAGCAGCCCGUGACUGUGGGGACAUUUUUCUCGCUCGGUCAUUCGACGAUUGUCAUCAUCACGUCCAUCGUGGUGGCUGCCACGGCCGCGGCCGUGUCGUCGCGCUUCGACAGCUUCAGCACCGUCGGCGGCAUCAUCGGCACCUCUGUCAGCGCUGCGUUCCUGAUCCUGCUGGGCCUGAUGAACUUUUACAUCCUGUACAAGCUCUACACGCAAAUGCAGAAGGUGCUGCAUCUCCCCGAAGGCCAGGAGGAUGAGGCGUGGAAGAUCGAGGGCGGCGGUGUCCUGUUCAAUGUGCUGAAGCGCAUGUUCAAAUUGAUUAACCGUCCGUGGAAGAUGUAUCCUCUUGGUGUGCUGUUCGGGCUAGGGUUCGACACGUCCUCGGAGAUCGCCCUGCUCGGUAUCUCGUCCAUCGAAGCCGCUCGCGGGACCGACUUUUGGGUCAUUCUCAUCUUUCCGAUUCUCUUUACAGCCGGAAUGUGCCUCCUCGACACUACCGACGGCGCCCUCAUGCUCUCGCUCUACAUCCAACCCGCCGCCAACUUCCUCCCGCCCAAACGCGACAGCACCUCCUCCGAAACCCCGCUCAUCCUCGGCGAGGACCACGAGGUCCAGCCCUCGCAAAACCACCGCGACCCCGUCGCCUUCCUGUACUACUCCAUCGUGCUGACCCUGCUCACCGUCGUCGUCGCCAUCGUCAUCGGCGUCAUUCAGUUGCUCACCCUCGUCCUCAACGUCGCCGAGCCCACCGGCCGCUUCUGGGACGGCGUGCAGACAGCCGGCGAUUACUACGAUGUCAUUGGCGGUGCGAUCUGCGGCUGCUUCAUCAUCUUCGGCGGCCUUAGUGUCGUGCUGUAUAAGCCCUGGCGCAGGUGGAUUGCCAAGCGCCACGGCAAGAGCACCGCCGAGGACGAGGAGGGCUACUCCGGUGAUGCCUCUGGCUCUGGGGAGGCGGUAAUCGCCGAGGGAGGUGCUAGUACUGCUGCUACUCACGUGAAUUAUGGCACAGUGACGAAGGACUCGCCGGCGGUGGUGGUGGAGCCAGUCGGUGGACCUGCUCGGCCGUGA